AUGGCCGCCAGCCGCAGCGCCCAGACCUAUGAGGGCCUGAACCAUGCGAGCCAGGCGCCAGAGCUGCGCAAGGCCCCUCGCUGGUACCUUGUUGGUGCCGGCGUGGUGCUGCUGGCGGUCGCCGGCGUGGCCGCCAAGGCGUACUCGUCCUCCGGGGCCCUGUUCUCCGCCAGCGCCGCGCGCGGAGGCGAGAUUCAGGAUUGGGAGGAGCUCCCAGGGAUGGACAAGGUGAUCAAGAAGGCCCAGGCCUUGACGCUCAAGCAUCCGCUCCGCAACUUGAAUGAUUUGUUCUACGACUCGCAGCCAGAGGAACUGCCUUGGAUCCGCACCGAAUCUGGGUGCAAGUUGGGAUGUGUUUUUGAAUGCGUGAUUGACACCGUUCAAGCAGCAGCCUACCUGGGCCAGGCCGUUGUGUUCCUCUACAAAGCCAUCGACUAUAAUGGCCUCGAGUGUCCCGACAACUCACCUGUGGGCUGCGCUGCCAGCGUCGCCGGCUUCAUCACAUCCAUCACCUGGAUUGCCUCGUACUUGUCCUUCGCGGCCAACGCCUGUGGUCAGGCUGUGAACUCGGGCGCGCUCUGCGCAGGUGACUUCACAGCCCUCAUGGCCAAUUUCGGUGAGAUCGCGACGGUCGGUGCCGCAGUGAAGGCGGACUGCGACUUCGGCAAGAACGCGAUCAGCAUCAUCACGAAUCCGGACCCUGUCUCCCCACCCUGGGCCCAGUUCGUCCCCGGUGGCGCCGGACCUGAGGCCGAGAAGAUCCUUGCGAUCAAGGGCCACCAGGAGGCCAAGCGCAACAGGGACUUCGACAUCACGCAGUGCGUCAUGGACGUGACCAACUCUGCCUCCUACAUCGUGCGAGUCAUCCUUCAGAUUCGGGCUGCUGGCAGUGCCUGCCCAGACCCCAAGGCCUGUGCUGUCGGGAUCAUGAACAUCAUCUCCUCCUUCGCGUGGAUCUCCCAGUUCACGGCCUUGGCCGUGUCGGAUUGCCAGGUGGGUGCGGACCAGAAGGCACUGUGCACUGCGGACAUUUCUGACAUGGUUGCAGCAGUGACCAACGGCCCCGCGGCCGGCAUCGCCUCCACGUCCGAUUGUGCUGACCUCUAG